CGGCCAUUUUGUCGGUGCAGGCCAUCAGCCGCAGAGGGCAGAGGGGCGUAUAGUAUUUUCUAGUUACCUGAAAGACACAUCAAGAACAUCGCAAUAUGAAUGAUACACUUGUUUCAUUCGCCAAGGAUUUCUUGGCCGGUGGUAUUUCCGCUGCCAUCUCCAAAACAGCCGUCGCCCCUAUCGAGAGAGUGAAGCUUCUCCUUCAGGUCCAGCAUGCCAGUAAGCAGAUCACAGCUGACAAGCAGUACAAGGGUAUCAUGGACUGCGUUGUCCGUAUUCCCAAGGAGCAGGGGUUCCUUUCCUUCUGGAGAGGUAACCUUGCCAAUGUCAUCAGAUAUUUCCCCACCCAGGCCCUCAACUUUGCCUUCAAGGACAAGUACAAGAAGGUCUUCCUUGAUGGCGUCGACAAGCGCACGCAGUUCUGGAGGUACUUUGCUGGCAACCUGGCCUCUGGUGGUGCUGCUGGAGCCACCUCCCUCUGUUUCGUGUACCCCCUUGACUUCGCCCGUACCCGUCUGGCAGCUGAUGUGGGAAAGGCAGGAGCCGAGAGAGAGUUCUCAGGUCUGGGUAACUGCCUGAUGAAGAUCUUCAAGUCUGACGGCUUGAAAGGAUUGUACCAGGGCUUCAAUGUGUCUGUGCAGGGCAUCAUUAUCUACAGGGCUGCAUACUUCGGCAUCUAUGAUACAGCUAAGGGAAUGCUUCCAGACCCCAAAAACACCCACAUUGUGGUGAGCUGGAUGAUUGCACAGACUGUGACAGCUGUUGCUGGCCUGACCUCAUACCCCUUCGAUACUGUCCGUAGACGUAUGAUGAUGCAGUCCGGACGUAAAGGAACUGAAAUCAUGUACACCGGGACCAUUGAUUGCUGGCGCAAGAUCGCACGCGAUGAGGGUGGUAAGGCUUUCUUCAAGGGAGCCUGGUCCAACGUGCUCAGAGGCAUGGGCGGCGCCUUCGUGCUGGUGUUGUACGAUGAGCUGAAGAAGGUCAUCUAAAUCUUCAUUGUCACAUCACUGUCCAAUUUGGCUAAAUGUAAUAACUUUCCAUUUCUACGGACUCUGCGUUCUGCCUUAUUUAUGGGAACAAACUUCUCACCAAUAGUGAGAGAUGGCUGUACGUUGUGCAUCUUUGAUUUUAAAACGUUCCACACCCUGUUUACCAAUGUCAUUCCUGUUUAAAAAGAAAUAUGAUACCUCCUCCUGUCAUUCACUAGGUUUGUAUGGUCCCAACUUGAAUAAAUUUAUUCUGGGGAACAAACUAAACAA